UAGUCAAACCUGAGGGCUAAAGCUCUGCUUCUAUCGCGAAAAAGCUCUCGUAUUUAUUACGAAUCUUCAAUAUAGAAAAAAUCAAAAUAAUUUUAACUUUAAAAGGGGAAGAUUACAUUAUUUUAUAUUAGAUUGUUGUAUUAAUUUUUGCUUUUAAAACUAUUUAUUGAGCAUUAAUUAAAAAAAAACUGGGGCAGUUUUAGUGGUUAAAACUGAAACGGUGUUUUCUUUCAUUGAGGGGACUUACAAUCGUGUGCUUGCUGUGUUACUUCGCGUGUUUGGAAUGUUGGGUACUAUUGGAAAGCAAGAGUUCGCGAAUCCCAACUCACAAACAAUAAUAUUUCGGAUAACCUGAAAACGACGGAGUCGAUAACAACAAUACUAGCAUCAACACGAGGACAUUUCAAAAUGUAAUCAAAACAUCAUCCGCCUGCUCACAUCCCAAUCACACCGGAUAACAAAAAUAAACGCUAAAAUGACAACAACGACGGUCGAUUACGUUGAGAGUCAUCACUUGUGGAGACCGAUGGCCGCUAUAUCAUCAGCUAAAGAAAUAAAAUCUUUCGCAACCGCACCCAUGGUACACCAUAAGUUAUUGAUGUCUAAUAAAAGUUUAAAUAAUUUAGUGGCCAGUACGGUAAAAUAUAUGUUAACAACUACAAAAUCCGUAGUAACAACGUCUACAAUAAGCACAACUGAAGAGGAAGAUAGUGGGAUGUGGUAUAAAAUAGAGUUUAAUGAAAUAGACGACUUUAGUAUGAGUAAACAUAACGAAACUUCUUUUAUUGUUAAUGAUACUUUGGAUUAUUUGAAUGGUACGAAUGCGACAAAUGCUACUACGACUAAUUCAGAAGUUACUGCAGAAUUGGUAACAAUGAUAGCUACUGGAGUGGUACUUGGUCUUCUUAUAUUAGCUACAGUCAUUGGAAACGUUUUUGUGAUAGCUGCUAUCUUAUUAGAGCGAAACCUUCAAAAUGUGGCGAACUAUCUUAUUUUAUCGUUGGCGGUCGCCGACCUCCUGGUGGCCUGUCUAGUGAUGCCUCUGGGCGCCGUUUACGAGGUUAGCAACGAGUGGAUGCUUGGUCCUGAACUCUGUGAUAUGUGGACAUCUAGCGACGUCCUGUGUUGUACAGCUUCCAUAUUACAUCUAGUUGCGAUAGCUUUAGACAGAUAUUGGGCAGUGACGAAUAUAGACUACAUCCAUCAACGUACUUCAAAACGAAUAGGAACGAUGAUCGUUAUCAUUUGGUGCGUGUCUUUCCUGGUAUGUAUAGCGCCGCUUUUGGGAUGGAAAGAUCCUCAAUGGAGCGUAAGAAUUCAAGAUAGAAAGUGCAUCGUUAGUCAGGAUAUUGGUUAUCAAAUAUUUGCUACGUCUUCAAGUUUCUAUUUACCACUUUUAGUUAUAUUAGUUUUGUAUUGGAGGAUUUUUCAAACUGCUCGUAAACGAAUACGUAGGAGGCAAAUUUUGAACAGCGCAAAUAAUCCUGCUAAUAAAAACCCGGCUGCUGGAGGAAUAGCAGGAGGAUUAGCGGCGGCGAGUGGAACCGGUGGAAUAGCCGCUGCUGUUGUCACAAUUAUUGGAAGACCUUUGCCCACUAUAUCAGAAACGACAACCGCAUUUACAACGGUUUCAUCUAAUAAUACGAGUCCGGAAAAAACUAGUUUUGCAAAUGGUUUAGAAGCCGAUCCUACAACAACCGAUGGCGGAAUCAGCUGUUAUCAACCUCAAUACACUGUAAAACGAAAACUAAAAUACUCCGCCGAUUCUAAGAGAGAGCGAAAAGCAGCGAAAACUUUAGCCAUAAUAACAGGUGCUUUCGUAAUUUGUUGGUUACCGUUCUUUGUCAUGGCCAUACUUCUUCCUAUUUACAAAGAUUCUUUUGAACCAUACGUCGUAUCCAUUUUCUUAUGGUUAGGUUACUUCAAUUCCACCUUAAACCCAAUAAUCUACACCAUUUUCAGUCCAGAAUUUCGACACGCUUUCAAAAAAAUUCUUUUCGGCAAAAACUAUGCAAGACGCAAUAGAAAUUUCGGAAUUAAACAUUUUCAAUGAUGGCGGCAAAGGGAUGUCUUGUCGCCUGAUACCCAACCAACAGCCACGAGAUUAGCGGCUACUGUAGCAGUUACUGCUUCUGCACCUAGAAACGUCACCUUCAAGUGUGACUGAUCCAUAGACAAGAUUUCCCGCGCUUCGUCAACACAUCAGUAUCAUCAACCAUAUAGAACUAACAUGUGGAGUACAGCAAACAUCAGACUUAGAAGACUUUUACGUAAGAAACCAAUUGUAGAUGCCAGCAGCUACAGUGAGGGAAAAGUGGAACGUGUUGAAUGUUUUGAAAUGAAUGAGGUGUUAUAGUGAGUUAAAAAUAAAGUUGUUAUGAAAAUAUAAUGAAAAAACCAAUGGUAUUAACGGGUACAAUUAUAUAAAAUAAAGUCUAUAUGAUAAUUGAUUAUGUUAAUAUUAUGUAAAUCGCUGGAAUUAUUUGACGUGGACUAUUUAAAUAUUUUCAGGGUAACUUGUAUGUAACAUUUUCAAUAAAGAAAAACAUGUUUAUUUCUAAUAAAAGUAAUAAUCAGUAUAUGAAGUGACAUAAUCAGGUACUAUCAAUUCGGAGAUAUGGGUAAUCAAUUCAAAUAAGUCAUGUUUUGGAAUUUAUCAAGUGCAGAUGAACACAAUGCAAUAUAUUUUGCCACUCAUUUACUUGAUCAAAUAUCUCAAUACACGGCUGGGAUUUGUGGUAUAAUCUUUGCAUACUCACACCUGAUAUAGCUAAUAAUUAUUUAUAUAGGGGUAGGCCAAGAACAAUCUUAGGUUUAAAGUUUAAUAUAUUAAUUUCUGAUGCCAAGAAGUUGUUAACGCAAGGUCAUUAUUGCAGUCAACCACAGCAUAUAAAAUUUCAGUAUCAAGAGUUGUUUCAUUGGAAGAGGUGUUUGAUAUUUUGAAAAUUUUCAGUAAGUCUAAGCUAAAGAGUCAAUACUGGUAAAUAAAUUUAUCAUACCAAUAUAAAUUCAAUAUACAUCUUUAUAAUUUACUCAAGCGUUUCCUUCACUUAAUCCAAUUUUAGUAUUUUCUGGAUUGAACAUUAGUCACAAAAGGCAGUAAAUGACAUCCACACUUGAUUCUUCUCAAGUUUGUCACAGUUUGGUAAUACUGUAACGAUAAUCGCUAAUAAGUCCCAAUUUACUACCAUGGUCUGUACAUAGAAAGAAAAGUAGGUAGAAGUAACCUUCGCUGGAGAACAAAGACUAGAGAGAGCAGAUAUUAAAGAAAUUAAGGAAGGACAUUGCACAAUAGAGGAAAUUAAGCUGCCGAUGAAAUAAUUUAAUAACGGCAUAUCACCAAGUCUGGACAAUAUCCUACUGAGCUGUUGAAGUGGUGAGGAAAUGGACUAGCAGAACAAAUCUGUGUAAUAAACUGCAGGAUGUACAAACUACAGAGAUCUAGAGAAAGUAUCGUUAUUCCACUCGUUAAGAAAGGAACAUAAUCAGACGCAGAAAAUUACUGAAGAAUAUCCCACCUAGACACAUACAUGAAACUGUUUUCCCGUCUCCUACAGCACCGCAUUCUUUGUUGCGAUUCAACAUUAUUAUGGACUCACAGAAUCACAGAGCAAAACACGUAUGAGAUGGGAAUAAACAUUGAUUGCAAACACAGAAGAUGGUCUGCCGGCUUUUAUAAUACAGGCGAAAAAAUCAACAUCAUGACGUGAUAGAACAAAUAACAGACUACACUUAUUUAGGCGUAAGCAUAUCUUCUUAUGAGGAAGCUCUAGAACAAGGUGAAAAAACAGGUCAACAAGUCAACCAGAAUACAAUGCCUGCAUCAAGCCUGCAAUAAUGACAUAUACUGCAGAGGCGCAGGCAGAUACAGCGGAAAAAUGGAUGGUAUGUACCAGCGAAUUCGAAUCAAAACGAAAAUACACAAUGAGAUUAGAAAAGAAGCAAGAGGAUUCGGGAAGAAUGCAAGAUGGAUGCGCACACGUAGGGGACUCUGAAAUGAACACGUUUUAGAAUAGAAAGAAAUAGACCUGCCAAGGUUGCAGGCAGAACAGAAUGGGUAGAACAAGCCUCUAGGACUGUCGCAAUGAAGAAAUAGAAGAUAUAAAUCCAUUAUAAUUUACGAAAAAUAAAUUAACUUUAACUCGUAUUGGACCUUUUAAUAAAUGUCAGAUCGAUCAACAUCAGUGAUUUUCAUCUCCACCAGUUUCCGGAUGCCUUCUAGUGAGAAUAGCGUGCCAUUAAGAUGUUGAAGGGAUAUCUUUAGCUAUGUUCGGGUGCUAUAUUGUGUGGAGGGUUUUUAGAGGUUUUUCAUUACUACGGUUCACACAUAAAACUAAUUCAGAAUUAAUUUACAACUUACUUUUCACCAAUUCGCUUUUUAUAAUAAUACUGUUGACACCGUGAGAUUGAGUGAAACUUAAUAUGAUUUAGUGUUUAGUUACAUAACUAACUAUAAAAUAAGCGUAAGGUGACGUAAAUCGGUUUUCUAGUCGAAUUUAUGCUUCUGUAAGAGUGAGCCCGAAGGCAAUUACGCAGUAUGGACAAAUGUAGAUUUUGCAGGGAUUUACUAAAAUAUGUAGGCUAUAUUAUUGGUGUUGGUAGUUUGAAUGUAAAUUUUAAUCCGAUUUUUUCUGCCAUCAGCCGAUUUUUUCAUUAACGUCUUAAACGAUCAAGAGUAUACAGUUUGUCUAUUCAACUGUAUGUAGAUGUGCUUGGGAUAAGAUUAAGAAAUGCAUGUUCUACAUCCCUGCGUUUACUCCCCCAUAUUUUACUGUGAAAUUCGUAGUACUGACUAUAACUAAUCAUUUUAGUUUAGUUCGUGUCGCAAAGUUAAUUAUAAACCUCGCCAUAACUUAAUAUUGUUACUAAUAAUUUCCACACACCAAAUCGAGACAUUCAAAAGAUCUUUUAGUUUACAUGUUGAUAUUUGAUUUUAUUAAAAAUAAACAUGUUUCUCUUUGAAACGCUUAUUACAAAGUACUUUGUAAUAAAGAUACAUAUCUACUUAUACACAAAAAAUGUAGAUAAUCUUCCACAAUAUGAAUUAACCAUCAAGAUAAUAAAUAAAACCUUAUCUAUUAUACAACGAAAAUGUUCUCUAACAUAGUAUUAAUAUAAAAACGCGAGAAUAUCUUUUUUUUCUAAUAUACAAAAACAUCGAAAUUUAUGAUUUUUUUUUCAAGAUUCUUUUUGUAUGCUAGAAAGAAAUACUUUUAUGCUUCGAAUAACUUCAGCGAUUUGUACAUCGACUGAAAACGACCAUGUACAUAAUCACAACACACAAAUUCGUUUAGAUGUAGAACAAAAAUAAUACCUAAACAAUUUAAAAAAUAAAUAAGAAAAGACACAAAGAUGAAUGUUGCACCGACCAAUAAUAUAAAUAUUUUUGCUAAUUAGGUUAGCGAUAUUGAUUUAUUAAUUAAAAAAAGAUAAAUAUUAAUUAAAUACCAACAGAGAAAGAGAACUGAGAGUAAUCGCACGUUGACUGUUAUUUAUUAACGACUUAAUUAACUUUAAGAACCCUUUAAAAAGAUUAUUAACCGUAUUUAAAUGAUGAUUGGUAGAUUUACUUAAAAUUGUGUCUGUGACUUAUAUGAAAUUCUGCAAUAACCGUAAUUACUAGGUGUUUAUAAAUUUAAUUUUUUAUUUCUUAGCCAACGUACAAUAGUAUUCAAAAAUCGUGUCAUACGAAUUAUAACAAAUUAUUUUGUAAAAAUUAUUGAUUAUAAGAAUCGUUCGUGACAGGAUUUUUGAACUAAUCGGUUCAUACAACGUAGUUAAGUGCAUCAUAUACAGCCCAUUCCAUUCGAUCAUUGUGAUGUACAAUCAAUUAUUGUGUUUAUGAAAGAAUGAUUGGAACAAUACAGAUUGAAUGAGCUACGCUGACCAUCCACAUUAGAAUUACAAAUUUUAUCGACAUCUAAAUGUCUAUGAAUAUGCAUCUAACAACAAAAACAUUGUAUAGUACUAAACUUGUAUAUAAAAAAAAAAGUCUUGUAUAUUAAACCGUGUGUAUAUAAAUGAAAAUAUCAAAAGUCUUUUGUCAGGUACAAUUAUAUGCUUUUCGAGCCCAGAGCAUGUCAUUGAUCCUUUAAAAAUCUAAUUUUGUGAAUACUGAUGUAUAAAGGAGAUAUUAAGAGAGUAUAAUAUUAUAUGGUGUUAAUGUUGUUUGUAACAAUAAAAUUCUCUUUUUGUUUCA